AUGAAAGAAAAGAAAAGCUGUUAUAAAAAUAAGUCAAAAGCUGGUUAUAAUGUGAUUCAUGAACCUUGUAAUAUAAUGCCAAAUAUUGAAAGAGAAAUUGAAAAUUUAUUAAAAAAUUUUAAUAUUAAUAAAUAUGAUUAUAAAAUAAAUCAUUUUUUGAUAGAUAUCAUACAAAAUGAAACACUUCAAGUUUUAAGAAAUGCAAAAUAUAUACAAAAGAAAAAGGAGAAGCAACUUUUUGAAAAUUCAAAUGAUAAUGUUCAUACAGGAAAUAAAGAUAUUAAUGAAGAAAAUGAGUUAGGUAAAAAUAUGAACAAAAUAAAUUGCAAUACAAAAGAGGAUAAUAUAGAAAGAGAUAAAAAUAUCCAUAAUAGUAUAAAGAAUGAAAAAGACGAAAAGAUGAAUGAAAUAAAAUUUCCUAAUAGUUUAAUAGAUAAUUCAAAUGAAGAAAGUUAUAAUGAAAAAUUAUUUCAAGAAACUUUUGAUAGUGUAAGUAAUAAUAAAGAUAAAGAGACAUCGAAUGAUAAUAAUUUAGAAAUAGAAAAAGAUUAUUCUUUAUAUAAAAAUAAUGAUAAUGAUAUAAUAAAUAAAAACAAAGUAGAUAAAAUUCAUAGCAAUGUGAAAAUAAAUACAAAUGAUAAUUUUUUUAAUAAAAAAAAUGAAAAUGAGGAAAUGAAUGAAGAAACAUGCAAAUUAAUCUAUACAAAUAAGUUAAACGAAUGUAAAAUAAAUGUCCAAGAUUUUAAUGAAGUUAAUAAUUAUUCAAAUAAAUUAUGUGAUACUUCUGAUAAAUCAACAAAUAAUAAUUUUGCUAAUGGAAAUAUGAAGAUUAAAGAUGAAAAAACUGAUAAGGAUGGAAUAAGUGAGAAAAUAAACAGUAGCUGUAAUGAAGAAACUAGCAAUCCAAAAUAUGUUGUUAAUAACCAUUAUAUUAGUAAUAAAAUUAUUGAUAUUAAUAAUACUACUACUAAUAAUUAUAACAAUAAUUUUAAUAAUGAUAAUGUAAAUAUUCAUGAUGUAUGUAAAAAUACUAAUGAUAAUGACAAUAUUAAUACUGAUAAUUAUAGUAGUAAUAAUAAUAUUACAUGUACUAAUAAUAGUAUAAAUAAUAAUAAUUCAAUUAAUAAUAUUAAUACAGAUAAUAAUAAUCCAUUUAAUAAUAUUAGUACUAAUACUAAUAAUAUUAGUUUAAGUAAUAAUAAUAAUGAUAAUAAUAGAAAUAAUGAUAAUAAUAAUGAUGAUGAUAAUAAUAAUAAUAAUACUAAUAAUACUAAUACUGAUACUAAUACUAAUAAUAAUAAUAAUAAUAAUAAUAAUAAUAAUAAUAAUAAUAAUAAUAAUAAUAAUAAUGAUAGUAAUGUGAGUAAUAAUGAUAUGAAUUGUGAUAAUAAUAAUAAUGAUAGUAAUGUGAAUAAUAACGAUAUGAAUUGUGAUAAUGAUAAUAAUAAUAAUGAUAAUAAUGUGCGUAAAAAUAAUAUGAAUUGUGAUAAUAAUAAUAAUGAUGAUAGUAAUGUGAAUAAUAACGAUAUGAAUUGUGAUAAUGAUAAUAAUAAUAAUGAUGAUAGUAAUGUGAGUAAAAAUAAUAUGAAUUGUGAUAAUAAUAAUAAAAAUGAUGAUAAUAAUAUGAAUAGUGAUAAAGAUUUUAAUCAUAAUAUUAAAAAUAAUAAUAAUAAUAAUAAUGAUGAUGAUAAAAAAAGUAAAAAUAAGGUAUGUAAUGACUAUCAUUUAAAUGGAAAUAUAAAUAAAAAGGAAAUUUAUAAUGAAUUGUUAAUAAUUGAUGAAGAAAGUGUAAAUCUAGCUAUAAAAGAAUAUGUAUUAAAAACUAUCUAUAAAAAAAGAAAUACUGAUUUUUUAUAUGAUGAAUCAGUAAGUCAACAAAAAAGUAUAGAUAGUUAUCAUCCUAAUAAAAGUAUAAAAUAUCCAGAAGGACUUCCUCCAUAUUUACCUGACGAUUGCUCAAUUAAUACAGUUCUACCUUCAUGGGAUAUAACUUAUAAUUUUCGUAAUUGA